AUGUUUCACUUCAUCACCAUCGGGAUCCUACUCCCGCUCAUAUCAACCCUCGUCCAGGCCAACGUGGAGAAAACCAUCUUCCUAGCACCACCAGGCUCAACAAUUCCCUCGGUGGAACCAGAGCUGGACGAUCUAGGUCUGGAGCGUCUCUCGCCGCACCGCCCCGUCAUCCGAACAGGCCUCAAUGCCUCGUUCCCCACGACAGCAGCACCAGAGGGCACCGACUCGUGGUUCUUCGUGGAGAACCUCAAACCAGGACAGCGAUAUGAAAUCCGUGUCUGCUGGCUAGCAACCCAACCAACAUCAUUCAAACUCUCCACCCACCCCCUAGCAGAAACGUUUGAAACCCCUUCCCUAUUCACCUCCCUCAAUGUUUUCUCUACAGCCCGCCUCUCAUCCCUCGACUCUCCCCUGCAAGCAAACACCAUCCCGCUCCGUGCCAACUCCCAUGGGACAGGCAGCAGCGUGCUCGACCCAGCGCCAACCACGGACUCGGUCUUGUUUCUGCGCGUGCAAGCCGCGGCGGAUUACUUCACCACGGAUGAAGCGCUGAUGCGCGAUGUACCCCCCGUCGGGGUGGAUCUGAUUCUGGAUCCGUUUUUGUUGAAUGUCUUCCCGCGCUCCUUGGUGCCUACGGCAGGGUGGAUUGUUGUUGUGGCUGUUUUGGCGGUCUUUGUUGCGCGGUGGGUGAGUGGGGAGGUUGGAAGAGUUGUUCAGGAUGCGAGGAGUCAGCGCUUGCAGCCGGGUGGGAAGAAGGAUAACUAG